CGCAUGUCUACCGCGGAGUAUUGUGGGUGUCAGUGAGGAAGUAAAAUGGCGGACCUGGCAAACGAAGAGAAGCCUGCCAUAGCCCCACCAGUGUUUGUGUUCCAGAAAGAUAAAGCUCAGAAGAGAUCAGUAGAAGGGUCCAGUGCGGAGGAUGGAGAAGACUCUGAUAAAGAUGAGAGUAGUUACUGUCCCCCGGCCAAGAGGGAAAGAACAUCGUCACUAACACAGUUCCCACCUGCACAUUCAGUUUCUAAGAACAAUGUGUUCAUGCCAUCCAGUUUCUGUCAGUCCCCGACAGGAAAUAAUCAUUCAGAUUCAGAACCUGAGGAGAAGACGGUUGGGUUUCGCCUGAAGCCUCCCACCCUGAUCCAUGGACAGGCUCCUAGUGCAGGCGUCCCGAGCCAGAAACCCAAGGAGCUGCAGCGCAGUGUGCUACGACCAGCGGUACUGCAGGCCCCUCCGGCCACCAAAUCACUGACCCAGACCGGGUUGAACAGUGGUACGAAUGGAGUGAACAGGUCAUCAGAGGGUCUGACAGUCACCCAGAACAACACAGAGAACUGUGAUGGGUCGACCACGUCACAGGUUGAGCAAAGCAGUGAACAGAAAGGCUCUCUGUCAGCAGAAUCAGGGGAAACCAAUUAUUUCCUACAAUACAGAAGCACUCCCAGCUUACAGAAGGCUGAGAACAAGGCUGAUGAUGGGGAUAAGUUUGUGUUUGGACAGAACAUGUCGGAUCGUGUCCUAAGUCCGCAGAAAUGUGAGCAAGCAGCAGAGGGCAGUAGAGAUCCCCCCGCCGCUGCACCCUGUGAGCCCUCGUCACAGGACAGCAGCCCUGAGAAAGACAACAAUGUGACAGAGUCUUUGGAGGAGUCGGCGGCAGCCUACACCAAAGCUACAGCCAAGAGGUGUUUGUUAGAGAAAGUAGAGGUCAGAACUGGAGAGGAGUCUGAGAGUAACGUUCUUCAGGUCCAGUGCAAGUUAUUUGUGUUUGACAAAGCGUCCCAGUCUUGGGUGGAGAGAGGUAGAGGACUACUAAGGCUCAAUGAUAUGGCUUCCACAGAGGAGGGAUCGUUACAGUCCAGGCUGGUGAUGAGGACCCAGGGCAGUUUGCGUCUGAUCCUCAACACCAAACUGUGGCCUCAAAUGCAGACGGACAAGGCCAGCGAGAAGAGCGUCCGCAUCACAGCCAUGGACACUGAGGACCAGGGGGUCAAGGUCUUCCUCAUAUCGGCAAGCUCUAAGGACACAGGGCAGCUGUACGCAGCACUGCACCAUCGUAUCCUGGCCCUGCGGAGCCGCUCAGACCAAGAGCCAGAGCCCCGGGUCCCCAUCCCAGACAGCCACAUCCCUCAUCCCCAGUCUAACGAGGAGGAUAGUGAUGAGGACGAACCGCUCACACCCACUGCCAACAACACAGAGGGUCCAGAGUCCCAGGCCUGCGGGACUGGCAGUGGGAGUGGGUCCUCAUAGCACCUGCCCCCCUCCAACCGCCCACGCACUGCAGUAAGGACCCCUUACAGGCACCUCCAUGGACACCUCAGGCCAGCAUCUCCCCAGUGGUCCAAGGUCACAGUGGAGCGCCAGGAAGGAUCCUAUGCAGGUGUUACUAAGUUAACUCUGCAGUUCACACUCUGCAUUCACAGUAUAUCUGGGAUGGAUGGACUUUUUUGUUUAGUUUUUGACUUCUUUUCUUUUUUUUCUCUAGAAUAGGAUUUUUGUGGGGUUGGGGGGGGAUGUUGUGAAUUGGACACUCAUCAUAUUGAUGAGUGAAGGGAAUGAGAAAGCAGUUUUCUUCUCUCGCCGAUGUAAGUAUAUUCUAAAUAGUUUGCUGUUAAAAGUGGGACCUCUUUAUCCACCUUGCAAGAGAACAGACCUCAGGCACUUCAGUGGGGCUUGUAUUUUGUUCAGAGAGGUAAAGAUUGAGUUGCCUAGCAAAUAUUUGUUUAUAAAGUCUUUUUUUAUUUCACUGAGUUUUGUCAUUGAAUAGUGUCUGGACUCUUGCUUCAAGUUGUCUUUUAGUCUGUAGUCCACAUUAUAAUUGAUUUUUGACCACAAAUCGGUUGAAUUAGAAUCCCUUGUGCAAACACCUGCUUUGACUUUAGUAGCCAUAAAAGAUUUUUAAAAUAAUUCAAUUUAAUAAUGGAAUUUACCUGUGUUCAUGAUUAUUAUUAUUUCUGGUACAUUACGUUUUUAUUGAUAGUUAAUAUUAUCGACUUUGAUUUAGAAAUUCAUCCGAAAAUUAACUCAUUCUGUAAAUAAGAAAGCUUGUUGGAAUUGAUCACUUUACAACAGGUUUGCACCAUGACCCAAAAGUUUUCCCUGAAUAUAGCCGUUAGAUUUGUUUCUUUCAAUUUUUUUUUUUUUAGAUAGAUCAGAAAAAUAUACAUUUUCUCAAAUAUAUAUGGAGUAAACCCUUUUUAUGUUUGAGUUGUUUACAAUUAUGUAAUUAGUUUGCUUUAAAUAAGUUCCAAUCACAAGGCUUUGUUUAUAACAACCACGAUCUCCGAAUAAUAUAAGACCAUUGCAAAAAAAAUAAAAAAUAAUAAUGCGAUCAGAAAGGCCAAUAUAAUAACUUUUAGGUUAGGGUGUUGGCAUUUGGUUUCUCUAGCAUGUCGUUAUUUACAUCUAUCCCAAAUCGGUUUGACAUCAAAACCCUACAAAAUGCACAUAAUACUCUCAGACCAGCUAAUGCUGCCAUUUUAUUCAAAGAGUUAUAGACAUUGGAACAGGUGGUACUAAGCGCACAGGGUAGGAGGGCUACAAGGACAGUGUUUCUCACCAAUAGUCUAGUGCUGAGCCCUCUAUUCCUUUGUUAAAUAGAUGGCUCUGGUUUGGUGUAUUUCAAAUAAACAGACCCCUUAAAGAGAAGUAGAUGACUAAAGUAAUAUUUUCUUCAGUGAAGUGUAGUUCCUCUUUUUUUUAAGCCUUUUUCUUCCUCCUCAGUGGAAUGAGUAAUAUUUCUAAAUUGUUGUAUUAUAGUGUUCUGCUUUUUCAUGUACUACAAGCCUUUGAUGUGGAAAAAAUGUAUUUUUAACUAAAAAAAGCAUACUAAGAAAAGUUUGGUGGGGAAAAAAAACAGGCAAGUAGAAAUAUUAUUGGUUAAAAUGUAUAAAUCCCGUAAUGUAUAUUAUUGAACAAGCAACCUUUAAAGGAAUAAUCCACUCAAACUUUUGGUAUUUGUUUCAUUAGUCCACUGUUGAUAAUGAAACAAUUUCCCAAAUAUAUUUUUUGAGUGGAUUAUUCUUUUAAGUGUAAAAAAAGGACAACUUUCCUUUUGUACUCUUCUUCACCGCAGUCUAUAGUAACCUCACUGUGUAAUGUGCUCUGUAAAAUUGUGUUCUCUCCAUUCUUCACAUUCUGCUUAUGUAGCUACAAACAUAGGACUAUUCCUCAUGGCCCAGUUUUUAAAAAGUUAUCUGGAUUUCGCCUAUCGGAUAGGAUUAAAUGCAUAGAAAUAGAAUGACUAGAACAGAAGUCUCCAUUCAAGUCAAUGAUUCGUCCAUUCUGUUCAUUCUAUUUCUAUGCAUUUAAUUCUAUCCGAUAGGUGAAAUCCAGAUAACUUUUUUAAAACUGGGCCCUGGACAUGAAUGUAUGGCAACUUGUCUCUGCGUUCUUCAGCACUUUUCCUUCUCUGUGAUGUUUCUCCCAUCAAUAUGAAUUUUUUUUAAUGUUCGUAAAUGCAAAUGAACUGGGGCUGUCCAUUUGAUUCAUUGGCAAAGGUGGUUGAUAAUGAAGUGUUGAAUGUUGUUUACAUUGGAGUCAUUGAUGGUUAUUUGCUGGGAAGUGACUGUAAGACAGAUAUACACUUUUGUUCAUGUUAUAUUUUUGUUGCUGAAAUUUCUGUCAUGUCUCCUAUAGUUCCCUCAAAAUGUCUACCUGUUUUCUUUUUUGAGUUAGGCCUAGCUGUCAUUGUUCCAUAACCUGGUGCUAUUUUGUUGCAUUUCCUAUCACUAUACAAGUCAAUGUUGAUAUUCUGUUAGAUCGAGAUCAAAACAUUACAUAUUUGAAUGGAAGUCGAGUGAAGAGGAUGUUAUGAAACCUAGUUGACAUGGACGAGCCCUUGCUGCUGUUGUACAAGGGCACCUGACUCCUACUGUAUACUGUGACUGGAAUAUGUUUUCAUAGUAACAUGUCUUCUGCGUUGGCCUCUUAACAUGCCAUUAACUUCAAUAUAUUAGGUGAUAGUUUACGGUAGUGGCAUUGCUGCUUGUUGUGAUUGAUCCAAUACAACGGAGGUGUGUUCAUAGACUAGGUAUGCCAGAGAAACGCGAGGGAUCAGGAGUGUUGCAUUAAUAGUCGGUGGAAUGGUCAGAAAAAGCUGGUUAAUUUCAAACAGGCCCACUUACGAUGAGGGAAAGGCUUGCUUACCACCUAUCCUCUCUUUCCAAUGGAGACAUCUAGAGAGGGUCCACCCCUAUCAGGAUAAAGAUGCUUGUCAUUGAGGAGCACUAGAAUAGCUACAUGUCUCCUUUCAACAAUACCCACAUCUUUACCAGUCAUUUUGAUAUCAUUCGCCCAAUAUGUGUGGAAUAAGGGCAAAGAUAGGCUAAAAAGUCAUAGCAUUAUCAUAGCAAAUCUCCAUUCAGGCAACACACAGGAGGAGAUGCGGUACUGUACUGUACCAUUCACCCCUGUUGAUGUGUGUGUAUCACAGAAUCCCUCCACAGAAAGACUACUUUGAAUCUCCUCCUCCUGUCUGAUAUCUUGUAUGGCUGUCAGAGCAUCUACUAGCUGCAGUAUAUAUUUUUUACCAAUCUCUAAUGCGUUCACUCGAUGGAACGCCUCCUCUUUCUAAUAACCCAAGUAGAGUGCUGUCAAAUGUCGUUGACAAAUUUGAGCCUUUUGGACUAUGUUUUUCUUAGUUUUUUCCCUUAAAGGUUUUGAGGAAAUCGAAGAAGGCAGUAAAUGUCCCCCUCCCCUCCACCACCCUAUAGAUGUAUAAGAGAUGAGGGACCAUGAUGUGACUAUGCUUAGAUUGCUGAGGGAUUGAGCUGUAAACAUUGGGCUGGAGAACCACAGCAUUGCAGUGAGUCAUUCUAGCGGUCUGGGCCUACUCAAGGGAGGCAAGGGAGCGUGUGGCAUGGAUUUGUUUUUAUAACCCUGCUGUCUGUCAGCAAACCAUAAAGGUCUGUCCACCAGUCCAAACAAACCACAGGGAUGCUUAGAGAUCUGGGUUGGGAUUCUCUUCCCCCAGUCCUAGGGAUGGGCAUCUUGGGACCUGGAGAGCUGCAGGGAGUGCAGGCUUUAGUGCUGUUUAGUUUAGGUAAUUUGCACAUAAUGAUUUACAAUAAAAUAGAAGAAAGAUUAGAAUAAGCCCUGAAAGCUGGUGAAACAAAGGCCUACACAGCUCUCCAUGAACGGAGUUGCCCACCCCUGUCUCAAUCCCUUCAUCUGAAAUUCAUGGUUGAGCCUACUGUUUUGACAGGUGAAACAAUCUUUAUUUUUUGCUUUGAGCUUUAGUAUAAAAUGACUACAAAAAAAGACAAAAACAUAAAGAAAAAAACAAAUAUAAAAAAUCACUUGUUAUCAAAAAAUGUUUAUGUAAAAUGGUCAUAUCAAAUGUAUUUCAAAAUUACAUUAAAACUUUUAACAGAAAGCAAAACUUGUUUUGUUGUUUUCAUGGUUUACUCAAAUAGCUUUGAUCGUAUGGCUUAACUUGCAUGUUAGGUGAACUAAAGUAAGUAGUUUCGAAGUACAAUAGCCAAUUCUGCAAGCUCAGACCGUCUCUGUGUAGUAAGUGUUGCUGUCUCGCCACAAGAGGGUGCUCUUGGUCUGAAGAUGGUUCAAUAUCAACACAGUAUCAACAGAGACAGUUCAUCUUGUAAGCAGUACCAAAUCCUCAAAUUGGAGGAAAAAUUGUGAAAUGGCCUCUAAUCAUAUUUUUACAACAUUAUCAUUUGAAGAUAAUACCUCUGAAACCACGGCGGUGCCCUUUUAAUGGUUGUAAACUGCUAAUUAUAUGUAUUUAUCUAAUUUGUCUAUUUCUGCAAUUCUUGCUGAAUAAAUAGCUUACAGUAUACGCUCAGUGGCCAGUUUAUUAGGUACAACAAUCUAGUACCGGGUCGGACCUCCCUUUGCCUCCCGAACAGACUGAAUUCUUCGGGGCAUGGAAACGUUGCUCAAUUGGUAUCAAGGGACCUAACGU